GUACUUGCAAGACAUCUUCGUCUCUGAGUUUCAGCAUCCCGGCGUUUGGCACUAAGUUGGCGUUCAACAUAUAUGGAAUGAAUGAACGAAAGGGAAAGCUGGAGUUAAUAAUACCUUGCACAGAAUAAACCCCGUCGGUUCUUAACCUGAAGAGAGUGAAGACCCAGAGCCCUUUCCCUCCCCGCCGCCACGGUGCCCACGGAGAGGGCGUGGUUGAUCUCCCUCACAGCUCAGUCGGGACCAGAGACCCGGGGACAUUUUACACCCAGGGUCCGCGCAGAGUGUCGGCCUAGCCAGUGGUUGGGUGGCGCCCGGGCCUCCAGGCAGUCUUCCAGGGGUCGGCGGACGAAACGCGGAGCUCGGGAGCGACCCGGCGGGGCAAGGCGCGGGCAGAAGGGCCACGAGGGCCACAGAGGGUCACCAUGAAGUUCAAUCCCUUCGUUACUUCGGACCGCAGUAAAAACCGCAAACGGCACUUCAAUGCCCCCUCACACGUGCGCAGGAAGAUCAUGUCAUCCCCGCUCUCCAAGGAGCUGCGGCAGAAGUACAAUGUCCGCUCCAUGCCCAUCCGCAAGGACGACGAGGUCCAGGUAGUUCGAGGACACUACAAAGGUCAGCAAAUUGGCAAAGUAGUCCAGGUGUACAGAAAGAAAUAUGUCAUCUACAUCGAGCGGGUGCAGCGUGAGAAGGCCAACGGCACAACCGUCCACGUGGGCAUUCACCCAAGCAAGGUGGUUAUCACCAGGCUAAAACUAGACAAGGAUCGGAAAAAAAUUCUUGAACGCAAAGCCAAGUCUCGACAAGUUGGAAAAGAGAAAGGCAAAUAUAAAGAAGAACUUAUUGAGAAAAUGCAGGAAUAAAUAGAACCUGUUGUGCAACCACAGUUUAACCGGAGAUUUUUGAGGCUAGUGUGUGUUUCUUUCGAACUUUUUGGAAUGUCUCUGAAACAUUUCAUUUCCUGUUUUGUUACCUGUGGCUCUGUAAAUCUACUUUUGCAAUUUUAAUUAAUAAUUUUAUGAAUAAAAAUGGGAAAUGCUUCCUAAUUCCAAA